UUUCGCCCCCUUCACAAGGCAGACGCCGGUAAUGAGUGUUUACACCGUGCCCACGCCGACAGCGAGCACCGCGAUAUCGCCGGUGACAACUGCGACGUUAACGGCGACAUCGGCGGCGACAACGACGGCGACAACGGUGGCGUCUACGACAACGACGACGACGACGACGACGACAAGUACGGCAAUCGCAUCGACGACGACGGCGGCGGCGGCGACGGCGCCUGUUACGACGACGGCCACGUCGUCCGCGGUGAUUGCCGCGUCGCCCGAGACAACGACCGGCUGGAGUGAAUUCUGCGAGAGACACGCCCGCGCCUCAGCCUCCGAAUUUGCUAAAGCAUUCUGCGCCUACGUUAGCCUGACUCUACCCGAGAGCGCCCGUACCAGCCUCUCGCACCGCGACUUCCUCAAGAAAUUCGUCGACAGCUUCUGCGAGCACUUUGAGAACGAAUACUUGCGUCACAACGUGAGAUCGCUAUCGUUGCAUGAUACUAGGAGUGCAGCGGCCAAUGAAAGGGACAUAAAUCUUUCUAGCCAAAAUACUAACAAUCCACCAGUUCGCGCUUCGUCGCACGAGGAAUUCAGCGACUACUCCGAACAUGAAGGGGAAGCGGUAUCACCGAAGCCUGCCCACAAGCCCUUCUUCCGCAGACUAUCCUUUAAGGGGCUCAAGAAAGGCAAGAGUUUCUUCCACAAGCAGCAAAGCGACGAGGUUGAACUGUCGCACAGUGAGCAUCGCAAGGACAAACACUCGAAAGCCAAGCUGUCGAAAAUCGUGGUGGAGUGCAGGAAAGAAGGAAUAGUAAAUUCUUUGAUGGGGGAGAACAUCGACGGGACGCAGAAAUGGGAGAAAUCGCGAUUAGCUUUGAUAAAAGCUAUCGGCGGAUACAUGUUGGAGUUUUACUCGCCGCCGAAAGCAGUGAAGCCGCGGAGCGGCGUUUUCUGCUCGGCCAUAACGGAGGCGAGGGAAACCACGGCGUUAGAAAUGCCGGAUCACGAGAACACUUUUGUCCUGAAGACCCAGAACAUGGAGUUCGUCAUAGAGGCGCAUGAUUCGAACGACAUGAAAUCGUGGCUGGCGACGAUCAAAUAUUGCAUGCGAACGGCGCAGCAGAGUUUUUGUAGUAGUUCUGGGCAAAGUGACUCCUUGGGAGAUUCUCUCGGCCAUGGCUCGGUGACCAUCGGGUCGGAGAGCGAUCGAUUGCGAGCCAACUCGGCCAGCAAAGCCUUCCGGUCCUUUGGUCACGAGCAUAACGAGGACUCCCAAGCAAACCCACCGGAAUUACCUCCAAGACUCCGAAUGCGUAGCAGCAGUAAUCUAGAACUAUGUUCCUCCCAACAAGAGAUUGAACAAAUGUCUACCAAUGAGGGCGAGCUGGACCUGUCGAGCAGCUUGCGGGAGUACCCGUGGUUCCACGGCACCCUUCCUCGGUCGGAUGCCGCGCAGCUGGUGUUGCAUAGUGCAGCUAACGGUCACGGUGUGUUCCUAGUUCGACAAAGUGAAACGAGGAAAGGCGAAUUCGUGUUGACCUUCAAUUUCCAAGGACGGGCAAAGCAUUUACGGAUGACGCUGAACGAUCAAGGUCAUUGCCGAGUUCAACAUCUGUGCUUUCCUGCGAUUUACGAUAUGCUCGAACACUUUCGCCAGAACGCGAUACCCCUCGAGUCUGGCGGGACUGCGGACGUUACUCUAACGGAAUACGUAGUAGCGGCGAACCACACCUCGCGAUCCUCGGGACACCACAACGUGGCGGUUGGCGCAAACGUGCAACAGUCGCAAGAGAGGAGACCCAUGGUAGUCCCGGAGUCCAGAGAAGUACGCACAUACGGUGGUUCUAUAAGAACACGUGUGGAAUCGUUGGAGAGACUCGAACAGCAGAGUACCAUUGCGGAACAACAGGGCUCGGCUUCAUCCACCGGAAGAGCGGUCCAAAACACCUAUAGUUUUCUCUGACGUUGGAUUCGCGCUAAUCCACCAUCGGGCUACAAUCCAGUCAGUCCGACGGACUAAACGUUGAACAGAUAUAUAUAUAUAAUAAUGAAGAUAUAAUCGCAAAGUUUUUAUUUCCAGAAUUGCGUCGCGCCCGCUAAAACCGCUAUUCCGAUAUCACUUUACUACUAGUACAAAACAGAGCUGCAUUUUCUUGAAAAUAAUCGAAUCUUCCGACCAUUGACUCUUGCGUUUAGCAUUCGACGUUAUAUAUACUACAUGAUUUACUCAACAACGUAUCCGCAUUUGCAUUUACAUCGAAUAAUGAGAAAUAGAAUAGACUGACGAACAAAAUGAGUCUCAGUUAGCAGUAAUUAUUUCACGAUAGAUGCACAAGUCGUCCCUGAAUUGCCCCCUUUCACCCCUCCAAUUUCCUGAUGAUACCGCAGCACACAGGUUUUCCACGGAGGUCCCUUUCGCACGUUUCGCAUGUAUAUCUACGACGUACAUGUCACCUCAUCAAAACCGAACUGACGGCCUCUACUUGCAUUCUUAUCGAGGGAACGGAUUUGUCUUGACAAGGGAGCCCCCCAUUACGUCGCUUAACUAAUUUAUGGUGUAUGUACUUACAUAACGUUUACGCGUAAGAGCGCGCAUGCCAUAUGUAUGUACGUGGGAAUGAAAUGUCUCGAGAUCGUGAAAACUGUAAACUGCCAUAUAUCGCAAUCUCCGCUCGUGUAUCCCCGGAUCGUGCCGAAGGCUUGAAAAAAAAAGAAUUACGCCAAAGCUAAAAUUCGACGUUGAUUAAACUCCGCUUCCUCGCAAUUACGAGUACAACGUUAUUACAAAAUUGCGUUUCAACCGCAUUGUCGCAUUGUCGCUAGUCCCGAUGCUUCCCGGGGCGCUGGAUAUAACAGACGCGCCCUGCAAUCGUUGAUAAGUGUAAAACACCGUCACGGUAUACAUACAUAAUUAUAUAAAUUAUCCUGGUGCUCUUCAUCAGUGCAUAAUUUGUCUCCGUGUUUUUGUCGGAUGAAUAAAAAUUGGGGAAGAGAGAUUAUAUUACGAUCCUGCACAAAUCGCGAAGGGACAAAGCGUGUUGGGCUACAGUAAGUAUGGUUCUACGUGUCUCCGCAGAAGAAGCUAGCAUUGUAUCCGAUGAGCCGAGUAUCCGUACUGUGUGUGCGAAGUACUGUAUUAACGCGCGCUAUGUAAUGUCCAAGGAUUGUUACUGGCGCCGUAGAGCAAUACGACUGCGCAAGAUUAGAUUAUAGACUGCAAAUGUAUGAAUAAGUGGUACGCGCCUAUGAGACAGAGAACAACGAUCGACGGAAUAUUCGAUUUGCGGUGCGAGCGAGGCAGAUAUUUUCAGUAGGAGUCGAAUCGAUUAUUGUGAUAAGAUCUCUCGAUUGCACAAGCGUCACGAAAGAUCCCAAGUUGUCGUCCGUCGUUAUUCUAUGUUUUACAUCCAUGGAAAAUCCCAUAAAAUCGCAUAAACAACAGGGACGAUGCAUAAUUUAUCAACUGUACAUUUCGCUCACCGUUCACUGUUUAUCGAAAGUCGUGUACAAAUAGAAUUUCCAUCGCGAUUAAAUACAUUAAAGAGAGAGAGAGAGGGGAAAAAAUGUAGGAAUGCUAUAGUCGAUCUGGGAAAAUCUGUAUCACGAAUUCACCCUUUAGCUAAAGUGCUCGCAGGAUCGUGCUGUAAGUAGAACGUAAGCUUGUCCUUUGUGUAUUCACACACAGUUAAAACGACAGUCCUGAGAUAUACAGAGUCUGACAUUUAAUAGGCAUUCAACCGUAAUACUUUUUUACCUUUUGUUAAGAUGCAAAGAUGAAAAUAAAAACUGAAUUCCCUGAGA